UUAAAAGUCAGGAUGAUAUACUUACAGUUGAUCAAAACUAGAAAUAGAAACACAUUUAACUGGACAGCCCUGAGAGGAAAAUGUUAGGCUGGGCUCUCUGGGAUCUGUUUGAAUUUAAAAAAAAAAAACAAAAAAAAAACAUUUGUAUAGAAUGAAUGACAGGUGUAAGAAAAACGAACACUGCUCAUCUCCGUGACAACGCAUUCAGAAACAUGAACUAAGCUCUACUAAUGUAGAAUACCAUGAAACUGCACUUCAUGCGAUGUGGUGUCAACUGACAAUGGAAACAACAAUCAUCUGCCACUAGAACAAGCGUCACAAGGACACACUGGCCAUUGGUUACAUAAGGUGAUGGAGCUAAAAUGAAGUCAGGACGUCCUGGCCUCGGUAAACCCGUUGAACGUGCAACAUCUAGACCCCCUGGACACCGCCUGAGCGUCAUACAGUGUGAUGGAUGCAGAGGUAGUUCUGCAGGAGGAGGACAUAGAGGGCUCAUGGACAUUGCUGUCCUGGCUGGCAUCCUGCAUCAUGGUGUUCGGGGGAGCCCUACCCUAUGUGCCACAGUACCAGGAGAUCCAGAGGAGCAGCAACAGCGAUGGCUUCUCCACCAGAGUGUGUCUGGUGCUGCUCAUAGCCAACAUCCUGCGCAUCUUCUUCUGGAUAGGCAAACAGUUUGAGCUCACCCUGCUGCUCCAGAGUGUUGUGAUGAUCAUCACCAUGUUUGCCAUGCUCCACCUCUGCUGCAUGGUCCAAAACACCAACCGAGUGAGCACCAAGCAACAUCGCCUUUCAGACUUGGACUUUCGCUACUUCUGGAAGUGGAGCGCCUUCGAGGAUUACCUGCUCUUCUGCUUUGGCUUCACCGUUCUGUGUGCAGUCAUCACAUUGCUGCUUCUGGACUCGGUGGUGUUUGUGGAGACGCUGGGCUCCCUGGCCGUGCUGUUCGAGGCCAUGCUGGGCCUCCCGCAGCUGCUGCAAAACUUCCACAACCGCUCCACAAAAGGCAUGAGUGUGAAGAUGGUGCUGCUGUGGACGGUCGGAGAUGUUUUCAAGACCACCUACUUUGUGAUGAAUGAAAGCCCGACUCAGUUCUGGAUUUGUGGUUCAGUCCAGAUCCUGAUCGAUGUGGCCAUCCUGCUGCAGGUCCUUCUCUACAGCCAGGACACACGGGUCAAGCUAGGUUGAGUGUGGAUGUUGCUUUUGGCAAGUAAAAUCCAGGACUUUCUCAGGCUUUUUAAUAAAAUCAGCUGCACAGUUGAUGGAAUUUAGAUGGAAGGCAUUUAGCAUCAACAACAAAGAAAAACCAAAGUCUAUCCAGAUUGUUGUUGUCUUGUAUAGUGUUUUAGCCUUGCGCCAAAUAUUGGAUAUCAUCCAAACGAUUUAUCAAGUGCAAUUCAGCAAACAGCUUCAGCCUUGAAAAACUACUUAAAACAAAACACCUUUGCCUUUAAACUGUUAGUAAGAUAAGAAAGUAUUUUGCUUAAUUUUUAGCAUUUGUACUAUUUAUUAUCUUCUGUGUUGAACAUCACUUAGAUCCUGACAUAGUUGUAGUGGACAUGGAAACUGUAGGAGGGAAACAUUACUCAUAUUGGCAGCUCACUAACAGCAGAUCUGUGCUUCUGUAAUGGCAGCUUGUAAAAACCAGUCCUGCACUGGUAGCUCUGCACUGGAAUCUACCGCCUGACUGAUGAGUUUCCCAUUUCACACUCCACACCCUACUGGACAGUUCCCAUGAUACAUUGUGUGUGUGUGUGUGUGUGUGUGUGUGUGUGUGUGUGUGUGUGUGUGUGUGUGUGUGUGUGUGUGUGUGUGUGUGUGUGACAUGCUUGCUGGUGUGUCAGUGCAGCUGAAAUUGAUUUUUGCCAUUGGCAACCAGCACCAAGCACCAGCAAGUCAAGGCCACAGAACUUACUCCAAGUAAUGUUAGAUACAUAAGACAUCCAUCUGUGUGUUAUGACUCUGCUUUGUGGUUUAAUUCACAAGCAAUGCUUUGACAAAGAAUAUGAAAAAAAAAAAACAAAGAAAGAAAUGUGGCCAUGCUGCAAUGCUUUGCACUGUUCCUCAGUCACUAAAUCUUUUGUAGACACCACAGAACACGUCACACUUAAGGUCAAAAUAUGUAAUUCAAUGUACUGUAUUGCUGAAUAAUUAUGGCAUUGACAUUUCUACAUACGUCAUCGUCCUAUUACUUAAAUAUCCAAUGAUCUGUUGAGUCUGUGUGGUGUUUUUGCUCUUUUAAAAUGCCAUUUUGUGCUUUUAGACAGUAACAAUGGGCCAUGACAGCAUCAUGGAUAAGUGAUGGUUAAAUCAACAUACUCAGCAGGGAUAUUAUAGCAUAUUUAUUCUUAUUCUUUUAUUGAGUGCAUGUAGUGUUAACACUAGUGCCAAAAAAAUGUCACUUAAGGGGUUACAUGAAUGUUUUUGGCAUGUGGAGGAGACCAAAUUUUAUGCUCUUGUCUUUGAAAAAGCAAGACUUUUCUUAGCAUUAUUGAUAUAUGUUUGGAUCUUUUAUACAUACUUAAUUAUGCAUUAAUUAGCUAACUAUGCAGCUACAGGCUCUAAAGCAAGAACACUGCCUUAAUAAGGUUAAUAAAUUAUUUAUUAUACACAUUUCACAUUUUAUAUAGUCUUACUAAUGGUAAUAAGCAUUUUAUUGGGACUUACAAGGGCCCUAUUACCUAUUAACUGAGUCUUAUUACAAGGACCUUACUACAAAUUGUACCAUAGCUUUUUUUGUGAUUGACUAUGUCAAAGAAAAGUAAAUAAUAAAUAAAUAAUAAAAAAAAGACCAGAAAGUCAAACUACUGUCCCAUUAGCCAAAAGAAAUCUUACUGUAGUUUACCCUUCCCCCCUUUUCUCACUGUCCCUUGCCCCCAAAUCAUCUUUUUAGUCGUAAACAGUUUUGAAGCAUCUUCACUCACCCAUAAAUGCCCCAUUAAACAUAGUUUGGUUUAUGUAAUGCAUGAGGUAUUACAAAGAUAUGUUUAAACCUCAUCCACGCCAGCCUUCCAGAGUGCAUUAGUAUAAAUCCAGAAGUUCUGUUCAAAAGCAAAACACCAAUUUCACUGUGACGUAUCAAGGAAGGUUGCAGUUCUUUUACCUGUUUCUCAAUAGUCUCCUUGUACAAAAGCGCUGCAGGAUAAAAGGAAUCAGUACCAGCAGCUGAUCAGUAUUCAGCGCAGGUUUCUUUUUCUUCACCCCAGGCAUCAUUUAAUUAAGUUAUAAAGCUGCUGCACCUGCUUGUUCAGUCUUUUAGUCACCUUUUCCACAGUUUGUAUCGGUCUAUUAAUCUAUACCUGUCUUUUUUUGGUUUCUCUUCAGUAAGCAUCGUGUUUAAAUUGCACACUACAGUGGUCAUGGCUUGCAUCGUGCAUACAACCUGUGCUCCUGCUGCAGCUGCCAGUAUGCCUAGCCUUAAAAUGACAUUUGUAAAGAUAGCAAGAUUGCAUCUCAGUGUUUGUCAGUAUUAUCCUUGGGGUCUGCGUGUUAAAACUUUAUUGGAUCAUGGAAAAUAUUUCAGAUUAAUUUUUUUUUUUCUUAAUCUGAAAUAUUUUCCGUGAUCUAAUAAAGUUUUAUCAUUGGUUGUACUGAAGUAAUAGUUUAUCAUUUAGGAAAUACCCGUUUUCCCUAUUUUCUGCACAGAAAAAUAGAUUUCAGUGUUGAUCCCUCUUUAUAAAUAUGAAGCUACAGCCAGCCCACCAGCAGUGUUAUAAGAAAGGACCAGAAAACUCAUACUUGAGUAAAACCAAAAAUACUGUGUUAAGAUAUAAUUACCAAAUAUAUUUUGGUAAAAGUUACACAAUUCAUUUGAAUAAGUCUUAAAGAUUCUGAUAUUUAAUGUACUUUAGUAUCAAAAGUAAAAGUGAAUUAUUCACAUACACGUGUCAUGUAUGGGAGUGUUUGGCCAUAUUUUAAGGUGAUUUUAUACUUUUUACAAGGCUUUUUAAAGUUUCUUUUGGCACCCCUGCAGCUAUAAUGUGACUGUUUUGUUUUUUGUUUGUUUGUUUGUUUGUUAUUUUGCUUUUAGCCGUAGCUUUAUAUUUACUGCACUAUCAUGAGACUGGUAUCAAUCUUCAAACUUUCAGCAACGAAGAACAAAUGUCUCAAAUGUCUCCCCCAAAAUGUCUCACUAUUGCUUUAAUGUCAGUAACUUCCCCCAAAAAGUUACAUUCAAUCAUUUUAGGCAUUAUUAGGUCAAAGGCCAGGGGAAAAUCAAAAUAACUCUCAAAGGAGAAAACACUUGCUUCUGUUUUUUAUGUAUCAGUGUAUGUCAUCUUUAUGUGUAUGUAUAUGUACAUUUAAAAACAUCAAACCCUACUCACAGGGAAUAGCUUGGGAUAAUGUGUUUGAUGGAUACAGCUCACUGUGCGUGUGAGUCUACAUCCUCUGUUUCCUGCUAUUGCUUUACUACAUAUCAGAUAUUCGGUCUAAAUGAUAUUCAUACAAAUGUAUGGUUAGUGAUGGACUUCACUGAUGUGCAGCUUACACUGAAGACUGUCAGCUGUGUUGUUCUUGCAAUGUGUAUUUCACUUCAUAUGGGUAUAAAAUGCGUUCUUCAGUUCCAGGUAUCUUACAUUAUAUCUGCUAGCCAUAUUGUAAACUGUAUGUGUCUUAUCUGCUGUUACCAGCAUACCACAGUUGUACUGCAACUGCAGUAUUUCUGUGUUCUAUAUGCUCUUAUCACCAGAUUUGUAUCUUUUUAUUGUUUCCAACUGCAGAGCUCAGAGCAGCACCUGCACUGGACCCAGUUUUGUAUUUUGGCUCCCCGUUGCCUUUCCAUCUGAAGGGCAGAUAAGCACACAAGCUGCCCGCUUUGUGCUAAUCCCUCAGCCAAAUACAAAUAAUGGUAAACAUACUUGUUGCCUCACCACUAAAAUGACAAGAGGAAGGUGGAUUGUUAUUUCUGAGAAGAGAGAGGAAUGUAAUGUUACUUGAUUUAUAUUCCAUCUGUGUCAAGAAACAAUUUCAGAUUUAUCAGAUGCAACAAAAAACAGAAGCCUUAAAUGGAUUUAUGUGAAUUUUAGUUACUGUUUUUCCAGCGUAGUCACUGUUAGAUAAAAUGUUGGCAGUUAACGUUUCUGCAAACCACUUGACAUGUUAUGCAAAACUGUCAUAUCACCCUCACAAAACAUGUUUAUACCCUGAGUUUUCAUAUUGGUAGUCCAAGCUAUGGUGGUGGAGUUAGGCAAGAAAGCUGCCAAGCCAGUGUCCACUGUUCAAGACUGCAUUUCAUCAUUUAUUUAUAUAUUUUUAAGAAGAAAUCAUGAUUUUUGUCCUAACCCUAACCAAGUGGGUUUUAGUGCCUAAACCAGACCAUAAAGAAACAUAAAGCUGAAACACAUAGACAUGAAAACUUUCAACAGAACUGUGGUUUGCAUAAAUGGGCAUGCCAACAUUGAUCCUGGUGAUUUGGUUGGUUUUAAUAUUCGCUGAUGUCUCUUUAGGUAACAUACUGUGUAUAUACAGGAUCUGGGAAACCAAAAGUUAUUGUUGCCUAUAAAGGUCCAAUUCGUAAAAUAGUUGAUUGUUGUUCCAGACUCAUCAAAUGCCGACACUAUGAGUCAGUGGCCGGCCUGACCUAACUACCCAAAUCAUCAGUAUUUGAAGACCAGGGAAUGAGACUCAACAAUCAAAUAUCUUACAAAUUGAACCUUAAAUGUAAAUUUAUGUGCACAAGAAGUAACUGGUCAAUUAAAGCAACAAAAUGUAACUUCUUAGAGAAACAGAGUUUGUUUGUUGACACUGAUGAUCCGGGGUUUAUCUCAGGUCAAGCUUCAACACAAAAAAAUCUUUGGCUGAUGAGACUAAACAAUCAAGUGUCUUUCUCCAGGAUUUUACAUUUUGUUGCUUUUAAUGUCAUAUAACAAUAUAAUGGCUACCAUAAAAUGACAGAAAUGUGUAUGAAAAUAUACACCUGUGACAUCACAUUUGUGACAUAUAGCCCAAAAAGUUACUGUCCAAAAACAUCUCACAGUCUCAUGGUGAAAUAUUUAUCAUGUUGGUUUCUCAAAUAUAAACUAUUUGUACUUC